AUGAGGAAUCACACAUCAGUAACUGAGUUCCUCCUGAUGGGAAUUCCUCAUACAAAAGGGCUGGAAAAUGUGCUCUUUGUCUUAUUUCUGGCUUUCUACCUGCUCACUCUGCUGGGGAACCUGCUCAUUCUUCUGGCCAUCCUUCCUUCCUCCAACCUCCACACCCCCAUGUAUUUCUUCCUGGGAAACCUGUCAGUGUUUGACAUAUUUUUCCCUUCAGUGACUUCACCCAAAAUAAUGCUCUACCUAAUGGGGCAAAGCCACACCAUCUCUUACCAGGGCUGUGCCUGCCAGCUCUUCUUUUACCACUUCCUGGGCUGCACUGAGUGCUUCCUCUACACUGUGAUGGCCUAUGACCGCUUUGUGGCCAUCUGUCACCCACUGCAAUACACGGUCAUUAUGAGCCAUCGGGUGUGCACCGUCCUGACUCUAGGCACCUGGCUGGGGGCCUCUCUGCACGCAUCUGUUCUCACGUUCCUCGUCUUUAAGUUACCCUUCUGUGGCCCCAAUGAGGUGAAUGAUUUUUUCUGUGAUAUCCCGGUGGUGCUGCCCCUGGCCUGUGCAGACACCUCUCUAGCGCACACGGUGAGUUUCAUCAACGUAGGCAUUGUUGCGCUCACUUGUUUUCUUCUUAUUCUCACUUCUUACAUUUGCAUUGUCACCUCUGUAUUGAAGAUUCGUUCCUCAGAAGGCAGGCGCAGG